AUGGCGUCAGCUGGAGCGCUAUCAGUCUACAACAACCUGUUCUUCAGGUCUGGAUCCAUUAUGCUGGGGGAAACGGGCUGGUGGCGGCUGUUGCAUGCCUUUUCUCCACCUGUUGCAGCGCAUAUUAUACUAGAAAUGGCACGCGACAAGCCGAAAGGCCGACCGCGAAAUCAAAUGGCUCUAGACAAGACCCUCUUCAUCGCCAGAGUCACUGAAAUGGGUUACGCGUAUCUGAUAAACCACGAGGUGGAGCUUCCGCUGGCCCUGGCGAGCGGCGCCGCCCUGGACGGGUCAGCGGCCAAGAAGCGUCGCGGCGACUCUGAUGACCUCAGCGCCGUUUCCAGCAUAUCUUAUUGCGACCAGUUUGACUCGGAUUCCAAAACGGAACUAGUAGAAGAGAACACUUUGGAGGACGCGGUUUGCCCGAUGCCUCUGGGCGACAGCACCAUGUGCUCUGAUGUGGUCAGCCUAUUCCGGGGCUUCGAAUUCACACCAGCCGGCUACGUCCCGCCGAGCGAUUCAUCAAGCAUACACUCCUUCCAACAAUCCGCCUUAUACUACGACUCGGACUCAGGCAGCGGGUCCCCGAAUUACCAGCCGAUAGAGCAUUCUGACGAUUGUGAUGUCAAAACCGAGAAAACCGAACCUAAAACCAAAAAACCAGUUGAAGAGAAACCAAUAAAACGAGACAGUUUGUUCUCGUCAGAGCUCAAUUCCGUAGAUUUGCCUUGGAUAGAGAAGUUACCGGAGCCAAGAAAAGAUAUAGUGGAAAUAUCGGAGUAUGAAGAAAUACAAUUGCUCAAACAAGUGGAACAUUUGAUACCCAAAGUGAAGGACGCCAACAAGAAAGCGUAUCUGUGCCGGCUGAAGGCCAAACUGGCGCUGAGAAGGUUGAAGAGGCAUAAACAUUUGCCCAUCUUUGAUCUUGACAAAGCUGUUAAAAUGUUGGGCGGAUAUGUGACGGAAGACCCAAGAGUUGCAAUGAACCCUGAACGUGUUCUGGACAGGUUCCAAAGAUCGUACCAGAUCGCGAACCUGUGCGGCACGAUCACUAGCACGAGCUACGGCACCGUGCUGCUGUCGUCACUGGCGCCACUGCCGUUCCGCUCGCCGCACUCGGGCGCCGCACUGCGGCCCUUCAUCCGCCGCGAUGCGCAGGCGCAGCCGCUCUGGCUCCGCCUCAUGGACGAGCUGCUCCUCAAGACCAACAGGAAAAAGGACCCGGACUACAGUCCCCCACCUCACGCCACCAUCGACUACUCAUACGUGCGACCGCAGCACAUAGCAGCUGUUAACAACAUCUGCGCUCAGUUCUUCUGGCCCGGGGUAGACUUAACAGAAGCCCUCGAAUACCCCGAAUUCAGCUGCGUAGUGACAUACAAGAAGCUGGUGGUGGGUUUCGCGUUCCUCGUACCUGAUGUUGGCCGCAAUGAGGCGUACAUCUCGUUCGUCUUCACCAGACCAGAGUGGCGAAAUGCCAAGAUCGCUACUUUCAUGCUCUAUCACUUGUUACAGACGUGCACAGGAAAAGAUGUAACACUACACGUAUCACCAACCAACCCUGCUAUCUUUCUGUACCAGAAAUUUGGAUUUAAGGUCGAAGAGUUAAUCCAAGACUUCUAUGAAAAGUACUUCGACAUCGAGUACAAGGGAUGUCGGCACGCGUUAUUCUUAAGACUAGUUAGAUAAAUAAAGUUUAUUUUU